AUGCUCACGCCCGAGGACAAGGAGGCCGUGGAGGUCGUGCGGCUCAUGCUGAAGCAGGCCGCGAUGCACCGGGUGCGUAGGGAGCUGAAGGUCCUCGCAGCCGACAGGCCAGCGAUCCCAGAGGCCGAGUUCCGUCGUCUGUUGAUUGACAAACAGGUAGCAACGACCCCGGAGGAGUCCGAGGAGAUGUUCAAGGCGCUGGUGACGGCCGGCGUGGUGCUUCCGUACCACCGCGUGAUCUACUUGAAGCCGGACGAGAUCAUGGGCAAGAUGAUCGAGAUGCUCCCGGACGCCCACGAGACCCCCAUGGAGAUCGAGGAGCACAUCCGCGAGGUCGAGACGGAGUACGUUCCGCUCGCGGAGCAGCGCCAGUCCUUUUCGAAUGUCGCGCGGCGGCGAGCCGCGACGCUGUUCGGGCUCGGCGUGGCCGGGCUCGCGGCGUGGGGCGUCGUCAUGGUUCGCCUGACGUGGUGGGAGCUCUCCUGGGACGUCAUCGAGCCCAUCGCGUACUUCUCGGGCCUGGUGGGCAACAUCGCCCUGUGGUCCUACUCGAUGCGCGCGCGCCACGACCCGACGUACGAAAACAUCUUCCAGCGCAUGGUCCGGCGAUACGAAGACAAGCGGAUGCAAUUGGAAGGGUUCGACCUCGAGAGGUACAAGGACAUGGAGGCCACGCUGGACCGCCUGCGCGAGCGCCGACGCAUGAUGCGCCUCGUGAACCAGCCGAGCGGCUGA